AUGGAUCUUGUGCACCUGAGUCUCAUCCUGAUCCUCAGCACUGUGACCAGAAGCUCCAGUGGUGAAGAUUUCUGCCCAAAAGGAGCCCAGAUAGACCGAGACGGGUCACGCUGUUACUGGAUGCCGGAGUCUAGGUUAACCUGGCAAGACACGAGGGCCGAUUGUCUGAAAGUUAAUGGAGGAGAUCUCGCCGUAGUGGACAAACCGAGCAUCCAGACGUUUAUAGUAAACUCGUUUCUGCUAGAAGCCCCUGGAUUUGUUUGGCUGAGAAACGGACUCACAAGUCUUUUUGAUGCUGUUUACCCGAAUCAUGAAGACAGAGAGCGAGAGACAUGUCCUCAGAUGUCUCUUGGUUCUGGACAGUGGAAAAGGAGCCCAUGUAACCAAAAACAUCGCUUUAUUUGUGGGAAACAGAUAUCAGUGUCUUUGCCAUCGUUGGACAGCUAUGUUAUCGGGGUGCCGCUUAUGUCUGCUGUAUACACACAGACUCAGCUACAUGCACUGCCUUCACCACCGGACGUAGAACAGCAGAGAGCUGAGAUGAUGCUGUUCCCAGGACUUUGGGUCAGUCAUGGAGGCAAAGUUCUCUCUGUAGAGCUGGUAGCUCAGCCCAGUCAACAGCUCACCAUGGCCAAAGUUCAGAUUUUACGGCCGUACUGCAGCCCGAACCAUCACUUAGUGCCUCCAGGCUGCAGCUCCAUCCUCAAUCCGUUCACCUGCUGCUCACUGAAGCCUCUGUGCAACACCACUGGCGGAUGUCCCAGCGGACAGUACUGGUGCCAUCUGGUGGAAAGCUGCCUGCUGGUAACCAGCCCCUGCAGCCCUUAUCACUCCUCUGCUGAUGGACAGGUCUUCAGUCUGCCACCGCGCUACACUGCAGUGACUCCUUUCUACCAUAUGGUGGCAGACAUAGCAUUGGAAAUACCUCGAGCUUCUGAGCCUGUCCAUAUCAACGUCAUAGUUAAAGGCAAAGAGUUCCCCGUGUUUCCUGAUGAUAUUCUUGCUGUUCAGCACACCAGAAAAUCCGGAGAGUUCCUGCGCUGUUCGAGCGUCUCUGACUCCUCCUGGAGCCAGAGCUAUAUCUCCAUUCUUGGACCUGACUGGGGUGGCUGGGUCAAUGUCGCAGUGUCUGCUCUGACAGACGGAGGCCACUGGGUGGACAGUGUGUCUUGUGACCUACGUCUGAUCUACGCAGACCCUGGACAUCUCUAUGGUCCUUACUCUGUUGUGAACAGCACACAGAGAGAAACAGUUAUAGACGCAAACAUCCCGAGAGACGUUCUGUUCGAUUCUCAGACCCCAGUGACAGGAUUGCAGGUCCUCUAUCCUGUCCUGGGCAAAGAAAGCCAAAUAGAUUUAGCUUUAAAUAUCCAAAAGUUAAUAAUUAUCAAGAUCCUUUCAGGAAGAAAUGCGACAAGCUCAUGGUCUGUACCAGUGUCCAGGACAGGAGUCCCAUUCCUAAAGUCCUGUCCAGAAGAGAUUUCCGAAUUUCGUCCACUUUGUCAAAGGGAUUCUCAUGAUACGUGGUUCUCUUAUGCAUACCUCAUGCCUACUAGACAAGGGGAACAAACUCUGAACAUCACAGCAUCCAAUCAGCUGAACUCUCAGACGCUGAGUGUGAAGAUUCAAGCUCAUAUUAUUAUCACAGGACUGAGAAUACAACCGCAAGGAUUUCACAGGGUUCUAGUGGACAUCCCACAGAUUUUCACCGCAGCAGUGGCCACUGGUUCAUCUGUGAUGUACACCUGGGUUAUUGAUAAUCUAGUCCAUUCUGCCCACAUAGGAGAGGCUUACAGUGCUGCUUUCACCAAACCAGCACAGCACACGCUCAGGGUAACAGCUGAGAAUCCUGUUAGCUCUCAGUUCACAGAGGUCAACCUCACAGCAGACGUAAUGACCCCGCUAGCUGAGCUCACGUUCCUCUCCACGACAGAAGCCGUUGCCGUGAACACCUCGAUCGUCUACGGCGUUAGAGUGAAGCUGGACGUCUCCAUCGGUGUCACGAUAAGGUGGGAUUUUGGCGACCGUUCAAGCUGUGUUAAUCAUACAAGUGUUGCGCCGUUACAAAGGAAGAAUGAUGUUCAGCUGGAUCGGACCGCAACACAGACAUACCUGCAGGAUAAUGCACAUCACAUCUACACAACACCAGGUGACUAUACACUGAGGAUACAAGCCCAAAAUAAAUACGACUUUAUCCAAACGGCUGUGCUGCUUAAAGUAAGAUCUCCACUGACCAAAGUGCUAGUCUCAUCAAAGCCUGCUCUGCCCAAAGUCAACCAAACUAUUCUUUUUGAAACCUCGCCACAGCCGUCUUCAUACGGAAUCGUUUACAUGUGGAACUUUGGAGAUGGUUCGUCAGAGCUUGAAGGACCUCACAGGAUAACCAGGCAUGCUUUUAAGAAAGCCGGCAUCUUCAAUGUUUCUGUGUGUUCCGACAACACUCUGUCAAAGCUGAUUUCCUGGACUAUUGUGGAGGUUUUUGAAACUAUCUCAGGUGUCCAUCUGAGAUACAAUGGCUCCAGUGAACUAGGUUCCAUCACCCAAAUCAGUGGGAGUGUAUCUACAGGAACCAGUCUCAGGUGGACUUUUGAUCUUGGUGAUGGGACUGUGUUUAAAGACCUAGAGAAAAACUCAGUCUCUUACGUCUAUAGGUCUGUGGGAAACUACACAGUCCAAAUAACCACUUGGAAUGCUGUGAGCAGCGUGAGCUAUUCUAUCAAUGUAGAGAUUUAUCAACCUGCUGUUACGGGAAUCCUGCCAUUAGACUGCAUUGUGAGUGGGAAGGAAGUAAAUCUUCAGGCACUUGUGAGAGGAAAUGUUUCUCAGUUAACCUUCCAUUGGAGUUUCGGUGACGGUACCGUGAUGUCCGUGAAGAAAGGAACACCAUCUGUUGCUCAUACAUUCUCAGGUACUGGGAGUUACCUCAUCGACUUGACCAUCUACAGCCAAACAGGAUCUGCACACUAUCAGUCAAACCUAUGUGUUCAGUCCUUAAUUACAGAUAUGAACCUACACUCAUCUCUGAACAUUGCAGCGGUAGGGGAAGAGAUAUGUUUUGAUGUGUCAGUGCUUCCAACUGGUGGUGAAAGCUACCAAUUUCUCUGGUAUAACAGCUCUUCAUGUGACUGCCCUGUCAAUGGGACAUCACAUCAUUGCUUUGUUUUCACACAAGAAGGCCAGCAUGAAAUUAUGGUAAUCACACAAAACCAAGUCAGCAAGAAAGCUGCAUCAACAAUGGUUUUUGUCAAUAGACCUAUAUCAAAAAUGUCUGUACAACACAAUGGAGAUAUGGAGGCGCUUACCAUUAAUCACUCAUAUUUCUUUUGGACCGAGCCACGCCAGAAUGGUGUUGAGAUUGAAUGGGACUUCGGAGACGGUUCGUCGAAGAACGGAGGUCGCAAUGUGUCACAUGCUUUCACUUCAGCCGGUCAGUAUCAUGUCAGUGCUUUAGUUUUCAAUGCAGUUAUCAAAGAGAUCGUCGGUGUGGACGUGGAAGUUCAGGUUCCUAUAUCUGAUGUAGUAAUUCAUUCCAACCAGCCAUUUGCAGAAGCUCUCCAAGAAGCAGUUUUCACCGCUUCAAGCAAUGUCAUGGAUGACAAUAUCAAAUUUUAUUGGUCUGUAGACUCCCUGACUGACUCACACCUUGGAUCAUCAGAGUAUAAAUUUGUGUUUCCUAAAGCAGGGAUCUUUCAUGUAAGAGUCCUAGUACAGAAUUCUGUCAGUAAAAUAGAAACCUUAACAACAAUCGAGGUUUUAGAAAGAAUACAAGAUGUCCAAAUUACAAGCCAGAUUCUAAAAUCGACAAGCUGUUUUCCCACAAAGGAGACUAUCACUUUGAAUGCUUCUGUAAAGCAUGGUACCAGUUUGGCCUAUCAGUGGUUAGUGCAUCAAGAUGGAUGUAAUGACAUAGUCGGGGUUGGCGAACAGUUUACAUUUUGUACAAAUCACCCCGGUAAUGUGUCUGUCAAGCUAAUAGUUUCCAAUGUUUUUAGUAAAGUGUACAGUAAUGUUACUUUAAGGGCAGUUGAACGUAUUUCUGGUGUAAAUAUCUCAGCGGUAAACGUAAUAGCAAAAGGAAAACCCGUUAAGAUAGCGGUGACUUUGAAAACCGGGACAGAUCUUCACUAUAUUUGGUUUUUAGACACCGAUCACUUUCCUAUGACAACAGAUGUACCUUUUAUCCAACACAUUUUUAAUGCCGUUGAUGUUUUUACACUAAGAGUGUCAGUAGGAAAUGUUUUAGGCUCUGUCAAUAGCACUAGACAGUUCACAGUCCAGGAGCCUGUUUCAGAGGUCGACUUUGAGGUAAAUGGACAAUCGAAUCCCUUCUUUGUUGCAUCAAGGAGUCUCUUGAGUUUUCAUGGAUCUGUCAGAACAGGAACUGAUCUACGCUGGGAGUGGACCGCCAUUUUCUGGAAAGGAAGUGCGAUCGUUUUAGAUAAUAAUCAAACCUUCAGCUACUCAUUUAUGGAUGCCAGAGAUCAUAGAGUAACACUUAAUGUCUCAAAUGAGAUUAGCUGGCAGGUCGUGUCACAUGUUGUAACAGUGCAAGAUGCCAUUAAAGGUCUUAGUCUAAGAGUCAGUGAUGCAAUUAUCUGUGAGAAGGAUCCAGUGACUUUCACACCAUCCAUCACUCAGGGAAGCGGGGUUUUAUUUAGCCUGGAAUUUCCAGGAAGGAAUACAAACCUAAAAGAUCAGGAGGAUUUCACCACCUCAUCCAUUCCUGUUGGAGAUCACACCAUCCGGGCAGUCGCAACAAAUCUCGUUAGCGCAUUAUCAUUAAACGUCACUGUGAAGGUGGUAGAACGAGUUACAGGUCUUCAUUUGGUUAACUGCUGCUCUUCUGUCUUUGAAGCAUCAAAACCAGUCAGUUUUAAAGCAUCAGUAAAGACAGGCGCUAAGGUCACUUAUCAUUGGAUUUUCCAUUUAGACGGCUUCAAAACCUUACAACAGAUUGGUCAAAGUGUGCAAUAUUCCCCAAUGGGCAGUGGAUCAAUGUCUGUGACAGUAGAAGCUAUGACUGAUUUCUGUUCGCAGUCCAUGACCGUGACAGUACAAGUUCAGCGGCCAGUGAAAAACGUGAAGCUUUCCAUCUUACCUGAUGGACCUUUUGUAGAUCACGAGGUCACAUUUUUGGCCCAUGUUGAUGGUGGAAGUGACCUUUUGUACAAGUGGAACUUUAGUGAUGAUACCAAAGGGAACCUAAUUACAAAAUCCAAUAAGGAAAUCUACAAAUAUAAUCUUGAAGGCAGAUUUAUGGUUCAAGUAACUGUUUUCAACAAUAUCAGCCAGGUCUCGGCACAAUUCCCAGUUCUUGUAAGGAAACUGGAAUGCACCCUGCCUCGUCUUACUCUCAUCCAAGAGCAUGCAAAAGUUCUUAAAUCGAGGCCAAACUAUUUUGAAGCAAGUGUGGAUCUGAAUGAUUGUGUUUCUUACAAGACAAACUACCUCUGGGAGAUCUUUAUGGAUCCAGGCUGCAUGGAAAGGAAAGUCAUUUUAAAUGGUUUAGUGGAUGUUACGACACCACUCCUGACUCUCCCAAAACACACACUAGAUGUCGGAGACUAUUGUCUAAAGUUUACUACUAGGUUUGAAGGAACACCUUUACAACAUUAUAAGACUACAGGGUUCUCUGUAGUAAACAGUCCGUUGGUUCCACUGAUUAAAGGUGGAUCUUUCCAAAUUUGGUCAAACCAGAAAGAUUUGAUACUGGAUGGAACUGAGUCUUAUGAUCCUGACGCUACUGUUCAGCAGGUUGAUCUGUUGGAGUUCCGAUGGGAUGUUACAGUGCAGAACACCAGUGCGCCUCAAUCUCCAGCAUCCUCGCUCAAUAAUUAUCCAAUUCAAUACAACAGCAGCAAGCUUAUCCUCCCCAGGCAUCUACUAGAGCCAGAGAGAGUGUACCACUUCACACUAACAAUGCAAAAGCAUGGUAGAUCACCUGUCUCAACUGUCCAGCAGGUUCAAGUUCAUGAAGCAGAAGUGUUACCCGUGUCUGUGAAGUGUGUAUCCUGCAGAUUGGUGUUUUCUUCCUCUGUCAGUUACAGUCGUCCUCUUGUUCUGUCUGGAUGUUGUCCUCUGUGUAAUGGCACUCUUCAGUAUAAUUGGACUGCAGAAAACACAAAAGGUGAAGUUUUACUUCUGAAUGAAGUCACAACCCCAACUGGACACAGCUCUACAGAUCUUGUCGUCAGACCUAAUGUGCUAAAGCCUGGAUUGAAAUACAUAUUCAGGCUUAAUGUGUCCCAACCGGCUACCGGACUAUGGGGAUCAGCGAGUAUUGAUUUAACCCAGAAUCGACCACCCAAGGCUGGGAACUGCACACUGUCUCCAGAAGAUUCGGUCCAACUUCUUCAAAAUGUUGUUUCAUUUAACUGCUCAGGCUGGAUGGAUGAAAACAAUAACUCUGCUCAGUUGAUAUACACUCUCCAAGUAGCACAAUGUGAGAACCCAGGAACGCUAUGUCCUUUAAUGACUCUAUACCGAGGCACACAACACACACAUGGCACACUGGUACCCCUGGGUAGUACAAGACCAGGCCGCAAUGCUUCCGUUAUUACUGUAAUGGUUACCAUUGAGGAUAAGAUGGGAGCCAAAGUCACUGCAAUCAAAAGGAAUCUGAUGGUCAUAGCACCGGUGAGUGACCAUAACAAAACAGAAUGGUUGAAGAAAAAGAGUCAGGAGAAACUGUGGGCUUUACUGAAACAAGGCAACCCUCAGGAUGUUAUACCAUAUGCCACGGCCCUGACCAGUCAGCUCAAUCAGUUAAAGGCUACUAGCAUGCAGGAGUUUAAGGACAAAGUCCAGAUGCGAGGCAUUGUGACCCAAGUCUUGGCUUCUCUCUCAGUGUCUUCGCUUCAGGAUGCAGCACAGAUCAGCUCAGCUUUGGCUCAUUCCACAGCCAUUCCGUCUGAGAUUCAAUGCGGAGAGUGUACCUCUCGAGUCGUGGAGACCAUGGGAAAGAUGAUCAACUUGAUCAGAAAGCAAACUAGACAAGGAGAUGUCACUCCUAUAGACACUGGACGGAAUAUUCUGAAUGUUUUAAGUAGCUCGAUGUCUGUUCAGAAUCCUGCGAACGCUUCAGGUUUAUUCAGCACUCGACACCAAGACACUGAAAUGUCAGCGUUUUACCAAGUCGGACAGCUAAUGCGUAGCUUAAUGUGGUCACAGAUGCCUGGAGAGGAAGCUCUCGACCUCAAAUCACCACAAAUCAGUGCGGUCGGGAAGCGUGGUGACCCGACUUCAGACCUCAUGUGCAGCGAGCCGUCGAGUCUCUGCCACUUUCAGAUCCCUCGGAACCUGAGCUCACGUCUGAGGACUGAAAGAGGGGAUGUCGUUCAGAUUCUCCUGGUUAUGGAGAGCGAAGAGCUCCCAUUCAUCUCCACUGCAGAUCCACCAAUUUCCACUAUGCUAGCUGCGAUGGAGUUCAGCACACCUCAGGGUCUGCUCAUCCCCAUCACGAACCUGACCGCUGAAAGUGCUAUACGUGUGAUGCUACAAAACAAGAAGACAGAGGUCUCAGGAAGGGUUAAUGUCACUCUGGCGUCAGAAGGAAGUGUGAACUUCACAGUCAGAGCUGUUGAGACGGAGCCGAAUGCUGGGAUCUUUAUCGCCUUUAACUUCAGCUUGAUUCAAGGAAGUGGUAAGUUUAGCUCUGGUAACGUAAGCAUCAUCAUAACUGAUAAACAAACAUCUCAACCGUCCCAGCUCUUUUAUGUUAAAGAGCUGACCUUCAACGUCUCAAGCAUGAGUCCUUCAGUGGAGGAAACGGUCUUCCUCACGCCGAUCUUGAAUGGUUCUGCUAAGGACCUGUAUGUGACCCUGAAGAACAGCGUGGGUGUGGAGUUGUGUGUCUCAGUGUGUGUGUUCAGCUCGCUCUGCCAGUUCUUCAGCAUGGAACAGAGACGUUGGAGCACAGCCGGUCUGAGCGUGCUCAGUACUAGCAGCCCUGAUACUGCUCACUGCCUUACUGAACACCUCACACUUUUCGGAGCCAGUCUGUUCGUUCACCCAGACUCCAUCGUACUUCUAGCACCAUCAGAUGGACCAAGCAGAAACAUAGUGGUGGGGUUAGUGUGUGGUGUUCUACUUCUGAUUCAUCUGCUGGUUGGUCUCAUCGCUCACAAGAUAGACCAUCUGGAGAGCACACGCUUGAGCUGCAUCCCGCUGUGUGGCCAGUCAGGACGCCAUCGUUAUCGGGUACUGGUUAAAACUGGCUGGUACAGAGGGGCCGGAACCACUGCUCAUGUAGGCAUUAGUCUGCAUGGGAUAAACAAAAGUGGCUCACGCCACCUGCAAAGGGAAGGUGCCUUUCAGAGGAAUGGUCUAGAUGACUUUCAGGUAGAAACCGAGGUCAGCUUGGGAGAAAUCUGGAAAAUAUGCAUCUGGCAUGAUAACACAGGUCUGGACCCUUCAUGGUAUCUUCAGCAUGUGACAGUAUGGGACCUGCAGACAGAUAACAUGUUCUUCUUCAUGGUAGAGGAUUGGCUAUCUGUGGAGAAUGAAAAGAACUCGGGUUUGGUUCAGAAAGUGGUGCUGGCUACAUGUCCCCCAGAGCUGCGACAGUUCAAAAGGAUUUUGCAAGCACAGCUGAUAUACGGAUUGCAGGAUCAUCACCUCUGGCUGUCUCUAUGGGAGCGUCCAGCUCACAGCGUUUUUAGUCGUGCUCAGAGAGUAACCUGCUGUGCCCUGAUUCUGCACCUUUACCUUGCAGCGGGGGCAGUGUGGUACGGAUCAGUAGCCACAACAAGCAGCGGAGGUCCGGUUGCUGAACAGAUGCUGAUGACCCCAGAGACUGUACUGGUUGGAAUGACCAUCACUGUUCUGAUGUUUCCUCUCCAAACCCUCCUCAGCUUCUUGUUCAGAAAAACCAAGAGCAAGGUUGCCAUGGAGAUCUCGCUGCCUCCAUCUCCUAUGUCUGAUAUUGUCGAAAUGGAUGUGUACCUACGCCACCCAGAUACGUCCUGCGCUUCCUUUUUGUCCAUGCCUACAGGCCACGGGUCCUCCACAAAUGAGGGAUCUUCACUUGAGUCCUCAGAGAGCCUGAAACUGGAGUCUGAAUUUUGGAACACUUCACAGUUUGGGAGUGAAAGCAGGCUGGAACAGUGGACAUCAAUUGACAGCAUUAUAGGCUUUGGCGAGAUGAUGGAACCCACAAGGCUCUUGAAGAGAAAAAGAGCACUUCUCAAGUUAAGGCUUAAUUCUCCAGCAUCUGAACUUUCAAACUCUGAACACAGCAGUUCUCCAGAUCUGAAGAAACAGCAGCCAUCAUGCUCUGAAGAUGAGUUACAGCCUGUUUUUGCAGAUCUUUUCUCAUCCAGUGAUGCUUCCUCGGGGCAAAGUACGUCUGACAGUGGCCAAUAUUCACCCAACGAAACCGUACUAUCUGACACACUGGACAGCUCCUCUAGUGAAUGGAUGGAUGUGAGUGUGGAGAAAUCUGAUUGCGAUGCUGUCCUUUAUAAAUCUCACUGCUCUAUGUCGGUGUGUAGUGUGGCCAGUACUUUUCUCCCCAGUCUUCCCCCGGACUCCUUCAGCACCACCUCUACUACACACAUAGGUGUAUCGCGCAGUGGCCCGGGUCUGAUGCUACCAGCUUGGAUGUUGGGUGUGGCUUAUCUUUUUGUGGCUGUGCUCUUGGGAACAUGUCUUGCUUUAGUGGGCUUAUACGGUAGCUCCUUCUCCAACUCGGUGCUUCUAAUGUGGCUCACUUCAGUCCUUUCAGCCUUCUUCACAUCAGUUCUGGUUCUGGAGCCUCUCAUGAUAUGCAUUCGGGCCAUGUAUCUUGCCUUAGUGGUGAAACCAGUAGACCCUGAAGUGGAGGAUCGUUUGGCCCAGGAGUCAAUAGUGAUGAGGGUAUGGAAGGAUCAAGGGGUUAAAGUGCGUCCUCUCUGUGGCUAUGGCCUGUUGCAUGCUAAAGAAGAGGCACGGAAAGUACGAAUUCUCAGAAAUCUAAUGAAGAACUGCCUUAUCUACAUGCUGUUCCUGUUGGUGGUUCUCAUGAUGAACUAUCAGGAUAACAUCCAGGAGGCGAACGGCAGACUCCUUCACUCUGCAUUUAAACGUUCAAUCAUCUCAGCCUCGCCAGGACAACCUAACCUAACAGGCCUAUCAGGGUGGGCAGAUGUGUGGCAGUGGAUGGAACAAAGAUUAACAACACACCUCCACAGAAAUCCCUCCCUCUCUCUGAUUGGCAUAGCACGACUACAGAGAGUGAAUACCAAAGACACAAUAAAAAAUAGCCAGACUUUCAUGAUGGUCAGUGCUGAAAAUUCAGGACAUCUAAGACAAAGACACCAAAGCAACAGGACUACCUCCUUCCUCACCUGGCCAUGGCCUACACCACAGUCAUGUGAUUCCAGUGAGACAGAUGAGAUGUUGCUUGGAAACAGCAGUUUCUUCACCAGUCACAUCCUGUCAGACCUGAAACAAACACAUUGGUUCACAGCAGAGACCAAAGCUGUGCUAGUCGAGUUUACUCAGUACCACAGAGAGACUGGGAUAUACCUGCCAGUCUCCAUACUGCUGGAGAAAACCCAGACACAGCGGAUUCUCUCCACCGUCUCCAUCCAGUCUUUUCAUAUCCCAGGAUCUUUUUCUGGACCUGAAUUAAACAUUGCCAUAACGGCCCUACUGCUGAUCUUCUCCUUGUGUUUCCUGAGUGCUGAGGUUCAGAGGAUGCUCAGAGAGCGAGCUCAGUACCUAACCCAGGGAUGGCAUCUCUUCCAGCUUUUGGUGGCUUUACUGUCCUUCUCAGCAGCUUCACUGCAUUUUUGUUUCUUGUCCACGGCCACUAUGUGCCUUUCCGGUCAGGUCUCCAAGCCUGAUACCUUCACAGGAUUUCACAGCAUUGCUUCUUUGUCCAAGAUUUCCUCGCAGCUCUCAGCUGUGUUACUGAUGUUGCUGGUUCUACAGAUGGCAGGUUCUUUGCAGUUUGUAAGAAGAUGGGUGGUGUUCAGCAGAGUUCUCCACCAGGCCUGCUCUGAGAUCUUUGGAGUAGUCCUCCUGUUUGUGCUUCUGCUGCUUCUCUUCUCCCACACAGGCAGCUUGCUUUUCUCAGCUUCAGUGGAAGGCUUCAGGACUGUAAAGCAAGCUAGUCAGACCCUACUGUGCUUACUGAGAAAUCGGAUAGUUGUACGGCAGCUGUCUGAGGAGCAUCCAGUACUUGGGCCCCUGUUCUGCCUCACUGUAUUUGGACUGGGGUUCUGGCUCUUUGGGCAUCUAUGUGGGGCUGUAUUGCUCCACAGGUACAAGACUAUUCGGAAAGAAAUGUACCGGCCAUCUAUGGAACCACAGGACUACGAGAUGGUAGAGUUUCUCAUCAAGAGGCUCAAGCUAUGGAUGGGGCUCAGCAAGAUCAAGGAGUUUAGGCACCGAGUAAAGUUUGAGGGCAUGGAAUCACCACCAUCUAGAUCGUCCCAGUGCUCCCAUUUCUCCAGCAUCAGAUUGCCCAUCAGUCCUACUGGACCUCGUCUGGUAUCCUCUGCCUCCUCUCAGGUCUCAGAGUCUUCUACAGUCUCAGAGAGCCUUGAGGUCCAGCAGUAUCUUGAUCGUUUGCUGCCGUCAGUGGAAAGUCUCCUUGCUGGUUUUGACCGUGUCAAUCAACUUAACGAUGAUGUCUUGUACAUUGAGGAGCAGCUUCAGAAAGUGCAAAGGAGAAUUGCCCAAAACAAAAGGACAAAUAUCGAACCAGGACCAGAGAUGCCCCCAACAACAAAAUUGGAAAUACCUAGCCAAACUUCCCUUUGCAUAGGACUGAAGCCUCUUCAGCCUUUCCUUGAUGGUAUCUCUGAGGUCCCCCCUUCUCGCCGUGCAACCCACUCCGAGUCCUCACUCCUGGGGCCUUCUGCUCACCUCUCAACUGAUCUAUCAGUAGCAGGAAGGUGGAAAUCUCAGACAGCAGACCCAGAGAUUAGGGGUUUCCCUAGACGAAGAGCCUGGCACUCAGGAACUUGUCACUCUGCAGAUACCAUUCAAAGGUUCUCUAAGUCUCAGAGCCCUGGGGCCAUUCUUCUAAGACCUCGCAGUGAAGAAAGGGAUUGGUCUGAAGCAAAUGAAGGCAUGCCAAUUAAAAAGAAAGCCUGGCAUUCUGAUCCCUCUGAGAUAGAAAAGGACUAAGAGUGUAUGCUACAGACACAAAAUUUGGUAGAGUUCUUUAAAUGAAUUAUGCAUGUGCUGGCUUGGAAUUUGAACAGUAACUCGAGUAAGGAGCAGGAAAGUGGAGACACCUGUUUGGGAAAAGUGUACCUGUCAAUCAUUUCUGUGUAGUUAACUUUAACUGGUACAAAGCGGUUUCUCAGCAAUGCAUACAUAGAGCUUGAAGGACUGUUAAAUAAAGUGGUACCUUUAUAUAUUUUGAA